UUUUCAAUAUGUGUUAUGUUCUGCAGGAAGAAGUUGUCCAACUAUGUUGGAGCAGAUAACUGGAACCAUACUCACAACUUUGUUGCCAAGAGCUAUAUGGAAGUUGUUGACAGAGAGGUGUAUUUCCAGGAUGUGAAGUUACAGAUGGAUGCCAAGUUGUGGGGUGAGGAGUACAGUCGCCAUAAUCCGCCAAAGAAGGUGGACAUUUUCCAGAUGUAUAUUCUAGAGUUCAAGGACAGACCAGGUGCCCCAUUGUAUCACUGUGAACACUUCAUUGAGGGUGACUACAUAAAGUACAACUCAAACUCGGGCUUUGUCGACCAAAACCUCCGAUAUACCCCACAGGCAUUCAGUCACUUUACCUUUGAAAGAUCUGGUCACCAGUUGAUCGUUGUUGAUAUCCAAGGUGUUGGUGAUCUGUACACAGACCCACAGCUGCACACACUCGAUGGUAAAGAGUAUGGGGAUGGUAACCUUGGGCCUAAGGGCAUGGCACUUUUCUUUUAUUCACAUAAAUGCAAUGAUAUAUGCAGAAGUCUUGGCCUCACAGAAUUUGAUCUGUCUCAGAAAGAAGCAGAGCUCCAACAAGACACAGAAAAAAUGAAGACUGUGGUUGCCCACACAAUGGCGAAAGGAAACACCGAACUGUGUGUGAGUCCGACCCCAGGGGAGGCAGUUGAUGUCACAGUUUUGCUAAAACGACAGAGGUCAACGUCAUCAAAUUGUAGUGAUUCUGGAUUUGAAGGAGGAAUUCUGUCCCCUCUGGAGGAGGAGCCAAUGUCGAUUGGAUCCCCAAUAGUCGGAAGUCCGAUGGUGAAUUUCAUGCAUAGGCAGAGAGUACGAUACAUUAGUGAGUCGGAAAGCUCCGUAACGUCUCAACAGGGAAGACGAAGUUCCUAUGUCCCACAAACGGAAGACGAUAUCCGCAAUUUCCAGUUACAGAUGCAGCAGAUGCACAGACCCUCGUGUGUCGCUCUUGAAAAAGAUCUCAGAAAAAUGAAUUUUAAUUCCGGAUUCAAUGAUUCCGCUCUUGGAAAGGUACAUCAUGAGUUGGCCAAGUAUCAUGAAGUAGGACGAUUCUGUGAUAAGAAGGAUGAGGACAUUGACUGGGAGUCGGCGCUGUUUCAUGAGGUACACGCAGCUGAGCUUGGCGAGCUGGAGGCCAUACUGACACUAGCAAAAUUGUACCUUGGACAGGAAAGAGAUGUCCUUAUCAAUUGUACAGUGGGUGGGGAUGAGGAGGAGAAUAUGAACGUGGGUAUGGACUACAUGGUUCAGGCAGCUGAUGCUGGAGACAGGGGUGCCAUGAUCUAUGUAGCUAAAGCCAAUGAGACUGGAGAGGGGCUCGGCAGUAAGAGAGGGCAGUCAUGGGAGGAUGCUGUAUACUGGUACGACGAGGCCUUGAACUCUGUAAACGAAAAUGACGAGGGUGGCGAAUACGACAGCACAAUGUAUGAUCCUCCGUAUACCCUGAUGGCAAGAAUGGCGGAGAUGUAUCACAAGGGAGGACAUGGUCUCGACAAAAUGCCUGAAAGAGCAGCGGAGCUGUAUAAUCAGGCGGCUGAAGCUGCAAUGGCAGCAAUGAAAGGAAGACUUGCUAACAAGUAUUACGCUCUUGCUGAAGAGGCUGGCGCUGAGAUAGACGAGGAGGAGUAAUUUGAUGGUAACUCUGACCGAGACGCUGCAGCUGUGUUAGACAAGAAUGGACAACUGUAAUGAUAAAGGCUGCAGACAAUGUAGUUGAUGACGAGAAUGUGCUAAAUGACAUUUUGUGAUGGCUUGUUGCAGUUAACAUAAAUUAGGAGUAGGAUAUGUGAUCUAACUUUUCUGGUGAUUCCUUGAUAAACUAAAAAGUAGGAACUCUCCUCUGUAAAACUUCUAGUAUGUUCUUUUGGAAUGAUGAACAGACACUGUGAUUUGUGUAUUUGAAGCACUGUGUUUUAACAGUGAUUAGAAAAGAUUGUUUCUUGCCCUAUAAAAAGAUUAUUCCAUUUUUAAAAACACGGGCCUGGAAAUGGAGUUCUAGAUAAUGUGGAAUUCUUUCUUGUAGUAGGAUUUAAUAUCAGUAGAACAGUAAUUGUGUUUUGUAAGAAUUUCCUGGCAGUGAGUUGUAAAAAGUUCACAAUAGAUAGACCAAAAUGUUGUGUAUCUCUAGAAAAGUGUUUGUACCACUAACUCUUCCUUUGAAAGAUGGAAUAUUAUUUUGCUGCUACAUCAGGUUCUGUAUUUUAAUGCCCAAUCAAUUACACUGAAGAAGAAAACAGACACUCUGUACCUUGGCAGAAAAGAAAAUGAAAUGUCAGGUUUCUUGACAUUUUUCUUGAUUUUCUUUUGUUGCCAUGGUAUUGAAUUUCCAUUAAUUAUACAACACUCUCAGGUGGGUGGUGGCAAAAUAUUAAAAAGUCAGGUUUUCAUAAUGUAAAUUGUAGAGGUUAGUUUCACAGUUUCACAUUGGUCAAAGAAAGGUCUCUUAUUAAUAUAAGUAAAGAAAUAUGUGAGAUCUAAUUUUGUGAUUGUAUUUAAAGUUAUAGGGCAUUUACAGUAUUUUUGUACUUCUGUAGAUUAGAGAAUACUCGCAAGGGUCUUUCUAUAUGCAUUCUUGUUCAAGAAUGAUUGGUAAAAUUGUUCAUUUUGUUUGAAGAUUUUAUGCAUUUUUUCGCCUCAUUUUCUGGUAGUGAUCAUGUUUUAAUUAUUUCCCAUUUUGUUGUUGAAGAGAAAAGUUCAACAGGUCAGUUAUAACCAUCUGUUUUAUGCUUUAUUAGGACGGAAUAUAUUCUGUUACGACUUAUCCUCGUCAUGUUAGGUUCAAAUGCCAUUGAGUUCAAAAAGGGCAAAAUUUUCUAGUCAAUUAAAACAAGGAACCAAAGGAAAAGAAUAUAGAUGGUCUAAUAGAUGAGGUUUAACAAUUGCACAUUUUCAUUGCAGAUGAAACUGUUUGUACCUUAACACUUCCUUAAGGACAUGCUGCAGUUUUUGGGUAAAAAAAUUCCCAAUUAUAGAAUUUGUUCAAACUUUCUAUAUGAACACACUGUCAUGUUAGAAACAGAAUUAUGAAAAAAAAAAAAAAAUCGAAAAUCACCAUGCUUGUUUGGGAGUUAUCUGCCCUUGAAUAUACAAAUUUGAAGAAAAAUCCAGUUAUAAAGGCAGAUAACUCCUAAACAAGCAUGGUGACCUAUGAUUGUUUUUGCAUUUUUCUGUUUCUAACAUGAAACUGUGUUUAUAAAUGAAGUUUGAACAAAUUCUGUUAUUGGGAAUUUUUGCCCCGUCUCUUGUACAAGAAACUGCAGCAAGUGUCUUUAAACCUGUGUUGCUGGGUUUUUAAAACAGUUUAUAAUAAUGAUAAUAAUGUAACGAUUCAUUGACCUUAUCUAAAAGUGAAAAGCCAUUUUUUUAGCAAGAAAACAUGAAAUGUUUUUAAAUACCACGUAUUUGUUCAUAAUUUUCUUCAGUUUUAUUUUUCAUGAAAAACUUCUUUAUUUCAACCAUCAUUGUUAUGUUUAACGUUGUUUAUUUCUUUUUGAUUACACAGAAUAUUUUGCGUAGACAUGUGAUGCAUUCAGGGAAAUUGUGAUAUUUUUUAUAUAGAAAUAAAUGAAUUCAGGUUUGUUUGUUGUAUAAAUGUUGUGAACUUGCACGUCUGUCAUCCAGUGCUAUCGUAGGUAUUUAGGUCUUAAAUUAAGAUGAGCUGCACCAUGAGAAAACUAACUUAGUGCAUGUGCGACCAGCAUGGAUCCAGAUGCACAGUCUGAUCAGGAUCCAUGCUGUUCGCUUUCAAAGCCUAUUGCAAUUAGAGAAACCGUUAGCGAACAGCAUGGAUCCUGACCAGACUGCGCGGAUGCGCAGGCUGGUCUGGAUCCAUGCUGGUCGCAAAUGCACUAUGUUGGUUUUCUCAUGGUGCGGCUCAGAUACCACAGAGUAGGCUCCUAAGAGCAAAAUAUGCAUUUCAUUUUUGACUGUUGAUUUUUAUGCCCCCAAAGGGAGGCAUAUAGUUUUUGAACCGUCUGUCGGUCUGUCCGCAAUUUUCCUGUCCGGUCCAUAUCUUUGUCAUCCAUGGAUGGAUUUUCAAAUAACUUGGCAUGAAUAUGUACCACAGUAAGACGACGUGCCGCGCGCAAGACCCAGGUCUGUAGCUCAAAGGUCAAGGUCACACUUAGACGUUAAAGGUCAUUUUUCAUGAUAGUGCAUUGAUGGGCGUGUCCGGUCCAUAUCUUUGUCAUCCAUAGAUGGAUUUUCAAAUAAUUUGGCAUGAAUGUGUACCACAGUAAGACGACGUGUCGCGCACAAGACCCAGGUCCGUAGCUCAAAGGUAAAGGUCACACUUAGACGUUAAAGGUCAUAUUUCAUGAUAGUGCAUUGAUGGGCGUGUCCGGUCCAUAUCUUUGUCAUUCAUGCAUGGAUUUUAAAAUUAUUGGGCAUGAAUGUGUACCACAGUAAGACAACGUGUUGUGCGUAAGACCCAGGUCCGUAGCUCAAAAGUCAAGGUCACACUUGGACUUUAACGGUCUUAUUUCAUGAUAGUGCAAUGAUGGGCAUGUCCGGUCCAUAUCUUUGUCAUUCAUGCAUGGAUUUUAAAAUAACGACGCAUGAAUGUGUGGCACAGUAAGAUGACGUGUCGCACGCAAGACCCAGGUCUGUAGGUCAAAGGUCAAGGAGGCACUUUGACUUUAAAGGUCAUAUUUCAUGAAAGUGCAUUGAUGGGCGUGAUCUGUCCUUAUGUUUGUCCUUCAUUCACAAUCACUCUAACUUCGAUCAUAACUAUUCAUUCAAAUUGCCAUCGGGGGCAUGUGUCAUCCUAUGGAUACAGCUCUUGUUUUUAUUGAUCUCGAAAGUUCACAGUUUUGUGCUUAUUGUAGAAAUGUUUUUCAUGAAGUUUGAACAUGUUCUCAGCUAACAUGACAUUUCUUAUACUUUGUAUACAUGUAACCAAUUAAAUUUGAAAAUAAGUAUUUAGAAAUGGUGUCACAUGUGAUAGAAUUUUUAAAUCCAGAGUUAUCAGUAUUUGGCAUGUCAGUGUUGUUUCUAUAGUUACAUUUCAAAGUGAAUGGAUUCUUUGUGGUCUUUCAUGUUUUUUAUGUCCUUGUUUUUUAAACUUACAAAAAUAGACUUACUGAAUUUUUUUAAAAUUUCCCUUGCUGUUAUUUUUUGUGAACAAUAUAUUUCUUUUUUAAGCAGAAUUCUUUCAUGAGUGUGUUUUAAAUGAAUAUACUUGCAUCUAAUUCCACAAAAUUGACAUUUUUUAUGUUCUUUAGAGCUGAGGCGCAAAGGAUGUCGGUGUUUUUAGUAACUGAAUGUGAUUGUUUUUACAGUGAACUGUGUAUUUACUUCUGAGAAUAAUGACAGAAAGUAGUAUGGCAGUGAGUAUUUCGGCAGUGCGUAUUGUUGUACAGUGAACUGUAUAUUCACUGCUGAAACACAUGACAGAAAGUAGGGCAGCUGUGAGUAACUCAUCCAGAGACUGUAUAGUUGCUCAGAUAGUUUUCUGUCUUUAUUCCUAUUAGUGCCUAUGACAGAAUUUUAUUUAUUUGUGGUAUACUCUGUAUAUCUGUAGAGAAUAUAAUGGAAAGAUCCUUGCAUGUCAAUAUGUAGAGACAUAACAUUUGAAAAUAAUGAUAUGAUUGCUAUGUAGUUGUAAAUUUCCAUUACACUAUUUAAGCAUUCAUUGUUUUCAUCCUUCAGAAAUGUACAGCAUUUGGGUUUUAAUGCAGGUAUCAUAAACAUUUUGUCAUGUAUAUAGUUUUUUUCUUGACAAUUUAGUGUGGCCCUGACAUUUCUGUUGUAUAAAGAAAAUUUCAAAAUAAAACCUGUUGUACCCAAAACAUUGUCCAGCUUUUAAAAUGACACCAAUAUUUGUGGUAUUAAAAAAAACUAAAUACAAGUGAUUUUGGGACUCUUCUGAGAUUUAUCUUCUGUGGAAAUUCAGUCAGAGCUGGAUUGUCUUUUAAGUAUUAAUGGCUUUUUAUUGACUGAUAUACUGAUAUUGUUGCCAAUCACAUUGUGAUAACUUUUUUUUUUGGUGCAAAUUUUGUAGGUAAGGUUCACACACUUGUAAAGUGAAAAUAUUGAAAUGUAGCUAUGAUGAUGUUUAACUAUCUUAUAUAUAUAUACUAUAACAUUUUUGUCAUGCCUUUACUUGUAUACCUUUGUUAGAGUUUAGUGUUGUAUAUUUUUUGUCCCUAUUUUUGACAAGGUACAAAUUUAAAAUGCCAUUUUUGGGAGUUUACCAGUUAAUUUCAUAUUUGUAUAUUAUCGUAGAUUAUUGAAUUUAGGGAAGAUAAAAAGAAGGGUGGGUGGUAAAUUGGUAGAUUAAUACAUACUUUUUGAAUUUCCAAUACAGUUAGUAUAAAGGUGUUUUAUAUGUAAAUGUUCUGGGUCUUGUAGCAAAUUUAAAUUCUUGAAAUUCUCUCAAUUUGAAAUUUAGUGACAUAGGUUUUCCAAGAUACAAACUCCAGGAAUAAAUGUCCCUAGUAUGUCUUUAUCAGAUAAUACUCAUAAUGCAAUCCCAUUGAAUUGUUUUUGACUGCUUCUCUGUCUUUUAUUUGCUUUUGUGUAUGCAAUGAUAUUUACUGUAUAUACUGAGAACCAUUCAUUAAUACUGUCCGUGCCGUAAACAGGACCAUUGAAAAUGGAUUUUGUUUUUAGCAUGAUAACAUAAUUCAGACAAGACCUGAUACUUAUUAGGUCAGAAUUUAGUGGGGGUAGGGGAGUCAUGUUCUGGUAGGAUAAGUAAUUUAUAGGUAUGUAUGAAGGAAAAAAAUCUUGAAAGUAACCAGUCGUCAUGUUACAGGUAUGAAUUGAUGAAAAUAACUUAAAACAUAGAUUGUUUGCUAACCUAUUUUUACCAUCUGAUACUAAUGAAAUAGGCAGAAUAUUAUUCUUGCCUUUUAUGUUUUUGGCAUUUUUAUUACUAGUAUAUACAGUCACAAUUAUUUUGAACUUCUUGUGGUUUUUAUUGAUGACAGAGGUAUGCUAGAAGGAAGAAGUUAUUUGUCCCAAGUCAUAUUAAAUGCAGAAGUUUCCCUGCUGUUCAGAUUUCUUCCAGUAUAUUUUCAUAUUUUACACAACUUAAACUUAAAUUUAUGAUAUCUCAUAUGUGUUAUGCAAGUUUCAGGCGUCGUCUGUAAAGUAACCUAUUCCUUUUAAUAUAUAUAUUCAUACAAUUUUACAACAUUCAUUUAUGCAAUUACUCUAUUUAUUUUUUUUUCAUUGCUGCUGAAAUUUCACCUUAUAGCAAAAACCAUUGAUUUUAUGUUGCAUGUAAAAAAAACAUGGAUUUUGUGUGACAUUUACAUUGCACACAUUGGGAUAGCUUCAGUAUCAUUCCAUAUUUGGCUAAUUUUGCUCAGCUUAAACAGUAUAUGGUGUUAUAAAUUUUAGUUAUUUGUAUUAAUUGUAUUCAGUCAUUGAUAAUUGCAUUUUUGUUAUAAAAUAUCUCUAGUGGAUGCUACUCCUGAACAUGAUGGGGAAUCAAGGUUAUUUAUUCUUUUCCGAGGAAUACCAGUUCCAUCUGUUGAACCAGCAUAUUGGUAAUGCUGAUCUAUGUUGAAGUCAGAACCAAGAUCAUGCAAAGAAAAUUCUCAAGUUCUGUCUGUAAUAAGAACUGUUAUAAUGCCUAAAAUCAUUUUCACAAAGUUUGGCUUCAUUGUUGAGUGAUAUUUUAGUCCAUAAGAUAUAUAUUAUGAUCUAAGUUUUAUUGCUUUUAAUAUAAACUAAACUUGGGACAAUUUUCAGGAAAGCUUGAAUGUUUUCACUUUAAUUAAAAUUUAAUGGAAUAUAGGUUGAAGUUCUGUAUGAAGUCUGAUCUUUCUAUGAAAUUUGUUUUACUAUUGUGCUUUAAGCUGCUUUUCAUUGAAGCUUAUUGGAUAGACAUUGAAAUUAUGACGGAAAAAACAUAUAAAAAUAAUGCUAAAAAAGGUGAUAGAUUAGCAUGGCUUUGUAAAUAAGCAUUUGUACUUUUUAUUACCGAUUGUGGGUUAUUUUCAAACUUUUAUACAUGUGAUGGUGAUUUUUGUUCUUAUAUUUGUUUAUUCAUUAUGCAGUUUUUUUUAAUUGUCCAUUUCAUUGUACCCCACGACAACAAAGUUGUAAGGGGCGGGGUGGGGGUAUACUGGUUUCAGGUUGUCUGUCUGGCCGUUUGUCCGUAGACGCAAUCUUGUGCGCACCAUCUCUCCUUAUCCCCUUGACAGAAUUUAAUGAAACUUCACACAAGUGAUCAGUACCAACAGUAGAUGUGCAUGGGGCAUGUUAGGUUCUUUUAGAAAAAAAAUUUGCAGAGUUAUGGGACUUUGUUUUUUUGUUACUAUACUAUAUACAUAGACACAAUCUUGUGUGCACCAUCUCUCCUCAUCCCCUUGACACAAUUUAAUGAAACUUCACACAAGUGAUCAGUACCAACAGUAGUUGUGCAUGGGGCAUGUUAGGUUCUUUUAGAAAAAAAAAAAUUGCAGAGUUAUGGGACUUUGUUUUUUUGUUACUAUACUAUAUACAUAGACACAA